AUGAAACUCGAUGAAUACUCCAUGAAUAAAUUAUGGGAUCUUAUGACAAUGAUCUUUAAAUGGCAAUUAUCUGCAGCAACGAAUCAAAAUAUUUUUGAUAUCAGCCGCAGACAUUUGAGAAGUGUUGCCCUGCUAAUGCCUCAUUUUUUCCCUAAAAAUAUUAUUGAGGAUAUGAUGGGAAGAUUUGAAAAGUUAAAAAAUAGAAUGACAGAUGACGAUUAUAAGAGUCUUUAUAACACCUUAAUUGCAUGGUUUUCCGAAUAUCAUACAAAAAUAUCUGUGCUGAUGAGACUUGGUUUUCAAAAUAAAGACGGAACUUUCAGCUCACCCUCUACAAUAAAUACAAAUGUAUUAAACAAUCUAGGAGAAAAUAUUUACAAAUAUGAUAAGAAAAAGAAUCCAAUAGAAGAAUAUGAAAGCAGGAGUGCUGACACAAAUGAAAUAAACUGUCUUUUGGCAUCAAUAGAAAAGGUCUACUCUACUAAUAGAGUUGAACUAAAGUUACCAUUCAAACUUGGCAAUAAAAAUUCAAAGAAAAAAGUUCUAGAAAUAGCAAGGGAUUUCCAAUAUGAAACUAUCGAUACUAGUAUUAAAAUAAAAAAUGCUGAUCUCACAUUUAUUGCCGAUAUUCCAAAAACUCCUCAAGAAGAUCUUUUAGAAAUGUUGGGAAAAGAAACUGAUUCAGUUUGA